GCUGGAGGUUCCCUGCUCUGCCCCGCACUCAGCUGAGUGCACGUGUGCAGAUUUAUCACCGAUAUCUGGGUAUGGAUUUAAGUUCUCAGACCAAGGAGCUCCCCUCGGAGUCCCAAUUCUGUUAGGCUCGGUGCAGCUGUAUGCAGAAAUGGCUGCUGCUUGCAGUGACCACACCUUCUGUUGAUGGGAUAAAGGCACCCUGCCCAGGUGUGCUGCAUGUAGGAAAUGGAGCCCUUCAAUGCCUUCUGCAGGCCUUCCCUGGGAGGGUCCUUGGCCCAGAAGCAGCCCUUUGCUUGGGUUACUGUGCUCUGUUUUCCUUUCCACACCUUUGAGAAUGCAUUGCAGAACUCAAAGCACUUUGUUGCCUGCUGUACCUCACAGAAUGCCGGAUUUACUUUUCACGAAGAAGCAGUACCUGGCCAGACCGCAUUUUUCUCGCUCUCCUUGGUCAUGGGAAGAUUGGAAACAAUAUUCUUUUGAUGCUCAGUGCACUCAGCCUGCGUGCGUGUGCGGCUGUGGCAGUGGAGGAGGAGGACAAACUUUGCUACCUGUGAGACGAAGGCUGGUAGCACUGGAAAUGAAAAGAGUUCCAUUUACGAUGUUGUUCUCAGGCUCUGUAAAUGAAUGCCUUGAUGACUUCAUAGGGAAUUCCUCAUGGACAAGAAGGAGAAAGGGUCAUCUGAGUUCUCCUGAAGAUGGGAGGCAGGGCCAGACAGGCCCCAACAACAUUCCUAGGGCGCAGAAUGUCACCUGCUGCCUCUUCUCCUCCUACAGUUCCACACCGAGGUUCAGGUUUUCAUUGUCUUGUCCAGCUUCAUACUGCAUGACUUGGCCAAAGGAACAAGAUUACAACACUACGUAACGUUCUGUGUGCGGAGAUGAUACCAUCAGUUGAGAGAGCAGUGGAAGCAGAUGUAAUCUGGCUCCAAGUGUCUAAGGAAUGUGCCAAAAUUCAGUUUAAAUUCUGAGAGCACAGUUAAGUCACUUGGAAGUCAUGUUCUUUCUACAUAAUUUACUUCAGGCUUUGUUUCUGGUUGUAUCUUCCUCCAUUCUACCAAUGAUACCUGCCUUGAUAUCCAUCUCUGGUUCAUAGUCCUGCCUGUGCAUAGGAAACCCUUCCACUCUUUGCCAAGUUGUUAUCUUCUAGACAUACAAGUCCCACCUAAAAGCUCACUUCUUCAGCAUGGAACACAAAAAAUGAUUUUUUUUCUUGCCUACAAGGCUGUAGAUAGAUUAGCUGAACAGCGGCCACAUGUCUGCAUAAACUGCUGUGGUGUGGUUCUUCUUCCCUCAUUUAACUUUCUUGUUUCAUUUGAUUUGCUGAGAAAUAAGCUGAUUAACUGCUUGAGUUAGGACUUCAUGUCAAAUGAUUUCAUUUGCCUUUGUUGUACAUGUUGAAUUCUGCAUAAAUAAUAGGUGAAUGGUGAAAAAUAAUAAUUCAGAUACAAGCUGCAGCUCAGAAAAAUGCUCAGUUGGCAUUAAGAUUCAGCGACGCCCAGUGAGCGAUGGAAAUCAAAUGCUGGUGAUGAUUACCAGCAGAGGAUCAUGUCUUGCUGAAAACAAUGGGGUGGACAAGAAACUGAAUCAAGUCUUGAGUAACGUGGCUUGAUCACAGAGCUGUGUCGAGCAGGAGGUUGGACUGGAGACCUCCUGAGGUCUCAUCCACCCAAAUGAUCCUAUGAGCAGUAAUUAGUCCAGUAUAUAGUUUUAUAGUUAUCAUGUUGUGAGCGUUCAGCAAUUAAAUGUGCACAGACAGGUAACACAUCACAUAGCAUAUAUCCUCUGUCCUUUGUGCAAGUGAAUGAGCUGGGUGCUUUCAGUCAUUAGACAACAUAGUUCUUUGAGGAUGCAGGGAAGCCUCCUUCCAGAAGGUGAUAGUGAAAUCUAAACCUUGGUAAACGAUCCUUUGGGCCAUCUGCCUCUUACUUGUUUAAAAAGCUGUGUUCAUAGAAUGGAUCAGGCACGGGGCUCGGUGACAAACCUUCAUUGUUCUGAGGUUUAAAAUAAACUUGUUGCGGCCGAAGAUGACAGUGUUAGUUUCCCAGAAUGCAUGUUGUCAUUUCAGUGCAGUACGCUUUGUCAACCAAGCUGUGAUUAAUUGCAGCAGGGCUGCUUACAAUUUGAAACAGACAUCAAAUGCUAAUUUCUCCCUUAAUGUUUGGAUCAUAUGGGGGCUGGCUGUGCACCCAAUUAGUCCGUAAUGCCGCAGAUAGUUCUGCACUGGUGUGCCUGUGCUGAUGAGGAUGGUCUGGUUGAAGUUGCUGAAAUUACAUAUGAGUCGAGCUCUGUAAACAUGUGUUUGUGUAACCCACUGGUAUGUGUCUGAUGUAUGUCCCGAUUUACUGGCAACUUAAUAAGUGCUGCUGACCUGUGUCCUGCCCUUUCACGCACUUAAGCAGGCGCACAGAAAUACUAGUCUGGCUGGCCUGUUGAUCAGCCAGCCUCCCCGGGGACCAGAUUUUCUGCCUCAUGAACUGGAUCUGGCCCCUGAACUCACCAGCUGGUUAUUCUGCUCAGUGGGUAUCAGUAAUGUAAGGAGAACGAACUGCAGACAGGCUAGCUCACAUACCUGCUCAAAGCAGGACCAGCCUGACUGGUGCAGGGGGUAAUUAUGCCACGUUAAAGUGGUUUUAUACUUUUGAGGACCUGAGCUGAUCUCUCUCCCUGGAGCGGAGCUGAGAUAUAUAGGCAUAAUAGUUCUUUUGGAGUUAGCUCAGAUAUGUGACACAAUGCUGCUAAUGGAGACUUGUCCCAGAUUCCCCAUCUCUAGAUCAAGCUAUAAUUACCUGUGUGUUCUGGCCAACGCUGUAGUCACCACAAUUAGGGAAAGGUGAACUGUGAUGCCCCAAGCCAGAGUCUGCUUUGUGUACUGUGUUGGUCAGUGUGUAUUGUGCAUCCCUUGAGUGCCCAAAUCUCAGAGCAAUGGGGUCUGUCUUGGCUGUUGGUCUUGGACCCCACAGACCACACUGUACAGAAUGGUUGGGUUACUUUUGGAGAUCGAAAGUACAGUCCCAGGGUAGCUGGACAAGGUAGCUAUGACAAAUUUGCAAGCCCCAAACUCUCAGGAUGCACAUUUGUAGGUAAAAAGCUUAUGAGCUGUUAACAUUAUUGCAUUCUUGUGACAUUACAGGCUGACAUAAGAAGAAAAGUGACUUCACAUGUGUUUGUGAACUAAUCCGCUAUUAAUAUGGGCAUCGACUAUGAUGCUAACUGAUUUUAUGACAAGAAAAUAGAAACAGUAAACCCGAUUCUUAUCUCUCACUGCCUCGUUCCCCACUGUAAUAUCGUUCCCAUUCAGUGGGAUUCUCUAUUACAGAGCAUAAAGCAAGAUUAUCAGACUGAUUGGAAAGGAAUAUGUGAUGCCCCAUUCCCCCACCCAAGUUCUGAGAAUAUGUUAGGGAACUGGAAAAUAAGAAAAGAAUCAAAAAGCAGAGAUAACUGAGCAAACUGGCGUUUGCCUAAGGCAGUGGGUUUCACAUUUCUGCUCUUCCAUCAAGCAGGAGUUUUAUAAAUACAUUCUUCAUUGUGCUAUUACAAAGUCCUUCACCUACAGGGCAGCCUCCAGAUUUUGCUCCUCGGUUUAGAUGGUUAUGCUUGCCACAAGAACUGUUGAACAAAACAUAAGAUGCUCAGGCGAUGAAUUUACUGCAAGUUGUGUGUUCUUGAAGUCUUCUGGAUUCGUUUCAGAGCAGCCAGGAGCUUAAUGUGUUUGUUGGGAAACGAUUUUGGCUUUAUUAAAAGAUUGACUGACACUGGCAAGAAGUGCAAGCCUGUUGUAAGCAAAGGGAAAUUUGUGUCAAGGUCUCUGUAAGGGGCCAGUAAUGGAGCCAUGAUGCUUUGAUAGGAUUGCAUAGUUUGUGGCAAAGCAUCAGUACCUUUACACUGUAAGAGUUGGGCUGAACCUUCACCCAGGAUAGCUUAGAGGGUGUUGGGGGGAAACAGCUCUACUUUCGUAAGCUGAGAGGGUUGUUCUGGAUAAAAAAAACAGCUGGUGAGAUUUAGUAACUUUUACACCAGUCAAAUCUUGGUCAAAUGCAGUGUGCUCAG